AUGGAUCGGGAUGAAUCGUUGCUUUGUCAAGGACUUGCAUUAAAUGAUGACUUGCAACGUUUACUAGCCAAGCAUGAAGCAAUUGCAUCAGGAACUUAUGUUAAGAUGGAGAAACCCAAGCAUGAACCUGUUCGAGCCCUGGUAGCUGUUGAUGCACCUCUAAUUGAUACUGGAGGAGACAGCAAACAGUCUGACAGCGGUUCUACUUCCAGUGUAGGUGCAGGGACACAGUUAUCACUUCCUGCUCCUCCAGCAAGUAAUGGUUUUUCAACAACUCCAGCAAAGGUCAACGUUAAAAUGGACCUUUUGAGUGGAGAUGACUUUAAUUCACCUACAGCUGAUAAUUCUCUGGCUCUUGUUCCUGUGGGAGAACCUCAGCCAACCACUCCUGUGCCUCCGCAGAAUGCUCUAGCUCUCUUGGACAUGUUUUUUCAAAUUGACAAUACCCAAUCAACCAAUCCAGUAAGGCAAACACGUCCAUUGUCACCACAAGUCCACCGGCAGCAGAACUUUCAGACUCCACAACCCUCAUUAUUAGAUGGAAGUGCCCCAACUAUGAUGUAUCCCCAACACGAGCAGUCUUUAUAUGCACAAGGCUCUCAUCCUGCCUGGAAUGGCCAGGUUACCCAGCAACAGCAGCCACCUUCGCCAGUCUAUGGUGCUCAAAGUAGUGGGUCUCUACCACCCCCACCCUGGGAAGCUCAGCUGCCAGACAAUAACCAAUUUGCAGGUCCUCAACAGCCUCAGCAAAUGCAAGUUACACAGGUGGCUGUCUCUCAGUCCCAGCAAUUGUCGACUGGCAUGUAUCCUCAGGGACCGCAACCUAUUGGGAACGACCGGGUUGGGGGUAUGUACAUUCAACCUAUUACAAGUGGCCAUCUCUCUGCAGUCAAUAACCAGGUUUUGCAGAGCAAUCAGUUUGUUGGUGCAUUUCCUCAACAAAUUCAAGGUCAGUCAAUAGGUAUGGUUCCACAGCAAAUGCAGCCAGGCCAGAUGUCUUUUAUGUAUCCUCAACAAAUGUAUAGCCACCAAAUAGGUGCAAGCUAUGGCUAUGGCUAUGGCUAUGGCUAUGGCUAUGGCCAGCAACAAAAUGCUCAGUUCCUUGAUCAGAGAAUGUCUGGGCUAUCAGUGAGGGAUGAUGGUGUCUUGAGGAAUUUGGGCUACACGGUUUCUACUUCAUCCUAUGUGCCAUCCGGAAAGCCCUCAAAGCCAGAGGACAAGCUGUUUGGAGACCUUGUUGACAUCUCAAAAUUUAAGCCGGCAAAAACUACUCCUGGCAGAGCUGGGAGCAUGUGA